GCCACCGGAUGAGAAAUUGUUAACCACUUUCCGAAAGUGGUGUGUUGGACUCAUUUCGAACCACCGACUUUGGGAUUUGAGAAGUGGUGAUUACGGUCCAGGAUUCUUUUGGAUAAUGCUCACACCAAAGGAAUGGCUUACAGAUGACCAUAUAGAUGCAGCAAUGCAUAUGCUGAGGAGGCGACGCACCGACUAUCCACUGACAUUUCCUCAGAAGGGUAUCAUUCUCUCCACAUUCGUGACCGCCAUGAUCAGCAGUGCAUGGACGAGCCACAAGGGUCCGAGGAAAAACUUUAAAUGGGAGGAUUAUAUCCUGGACUACUGCACAGGGGCUCAUAAGUCCCAAGUCUUUGAGAGAUGGAGGGGUAACGAGUUUAUUUACUUCGUUCUGAACCUUCCCACGGCAAGGCACUGGGUCACAGUUGAAGUCGACAUAGAGCUGUGGAAAAUUAAUGUCUACGACUGUGAUUCCAGCGUCUGUCAUUGGACCGCCAUGGAACCCAUCAUGAAGGUUUGGGCAGAACUGCUGCCCUCGCUAAUCCUUGCAACCGGGGAAUUUCCACAUAACAACCAGAUCAUGGCGUUAGCUAACGGUGACAUCACGGUGCUUCCAAAAAUGCACGCGACUCGAGCCACUCACGACUUAGUUAGAAGUCGGCAACCGAGUACAUAG